GCUCGAGCAACUAGCGCCCCAAACAGCAGUGAUGGUUUCAGGUGGGCGAAAGCUAUAGCUGUGAACUCUGUGUCUCUUGCGUAUGUAUCGAAGUUCGAAUGCAGACUGCUGGGGCCAACAACAUGACUCUAACGGUGUGCUCCCCACCAGUGGAGGAGCUGCAAAACAUUCGAAGUAUGAUCAGGCUGACUCGAGGAAAUCUUGAGGCUUUAAAUGCAAAGUUUGCUCAGUACCAGCAUCCUCCUUCAAUGUACAUAACAGAGUUUGAAGAUUUGAAUUCCAAACUAAAUGAGUUUCAGCUACAAGAACAGAGACUUGUAGAUCAGCUUAGUAAUGGUAGUAAUGGAAGAGAUUCUCCUGAACAAUCAGAUCCUGACUAUGAUGAAAGUAGGAUGUAUCCAGAAAUAGCAACUCCAAGAGAAACUCUAACUUCUAACAGUAGUCAAGCAAGUUUAUCUAGUUGCAGUACAGGUACCUUGCCAGAUGGAACCAGGUUGACUCCAAAAUCUCCACUGAAAGUUGUCAGAGCCUUUCUUCCUUAUCAACAAAGAUCAACGGUUCAAGUACGACCUGGUCAGACAAUUCAAGAAGCUUUGUCUAAAGCUAUGGAGAGAAGGCAUCUUACUCCACAUAUGUGUGUAGUGUACAGAUGUAAUCCAAGGGUUCGAAUAGAAUGGGAUACAGAUAUAACAAGUUUAGAAGGUGAAGAAAUUACUGUUGAAAUCCGAGAAAGAUUUCCUAUCACAACAAGUAUUUCUCAUAAUUUUGCUAGAAAAACAUUUUUCUCAUUAGCCUUCUGUGAAUGUUGUCGAGGUAUUCUAUUUCAUGGAUUCCGUUGCCAGACGUGUGGGUACAGGUUCCAUCAGCGGUGUGCUGCUAAUGUGCCAACACUGUGUCAACCCCUCCGAGUGGACCACAUUUAUAAACAACUUCUAGCAAUGAAUAACACUGCAAGUAACAUGCUUCAGACAACUGGAGAUUCGUAUUCUCCUUAUGCCUCAAACUAUCAAUAUCAACGACAACCUGCGGUGACAUCACCACCGAAAAAUGUGCCUAGGUCUCAUCCACCACCACUGGGCCAGAGAGAGCGCUCAACGUCUGCUCCUAAUGUUUGUUAUAACACAGUUAAUCAUGACAUGACUCUAGAAGAGUUUGCUUUAAGGCUUCGAUCACAGAAUGUACCUGGUGUGUCUUCUCCCUUGACCCCUCGGUAUGAGAUUUUCUCUCGCUUUCACACACACAAAGGCAGUCCAACCCAUUCUCCGGUGCCCAAGCGCCGACAGCUUGAGUUACCAUGUCCCGGAGGCAGUCCUGGGUCACUUGCUCUUCCUUAUCAACAAAGCUCUGCUUCCACUAAUCACAGUCCAAGUUCCAGUCCAACUAGAACGCAAAGUGCACAGGGUUCCCCAACCAACAUCCAUAAACCGUGGAGGCCCCGGGCAAGAUCUGCUGAUGAAAGUUCCAAAAAAGUACAGCGAACAACCAGGGAAUCGAUAGAAGACUGGGAGAUCCCAGCUAAUGAAAUUCUUACUGGUCCUCGAAUAGGUUCUGGAUCAUUUGGAACUGUAUACAGGGCUCAUUGGCAUGGUCCAGUAGCUUUAAAAAAAUUGAAUGUUACUGAUCCUACUGCUGCACAACUUCAAGCUUUUAAAAAUGAAGUAGCUGUACUUAGGAAAACUCGUCAUGUUAAUAUUUUAUUAUUUAUGGGUUGGGUGUCUAAACCUCAUCUAACGAUAGUUACUCAGUGGUGUGAAGGUUCUAGUCUUUAUAAACAUUUAUACGUCCAAGAAUGCAAGUUUGAGAUGGUUGAACUCAUCAACAUUGCCAGACAAACUGCUCAGGGAAUGGACUACCUUCAUGCUAAGAACAUCAUCCAUAGAGACCUCAAGUCAAACAAUAUAUUUCUGCAUGAAGAUUGGACUGUUAAAAUAGGAGACUUUGGUCUUGCUACUGUGAAAACCAGAUGGAGUGGGUCAGAACAAUUUAAUCAACCAACAGGAUCAAUACUCUGGAUGGCUCCUGAAGUUAUCAGAAUGAAAGAUUCUCAUCCCUACUCCUUUCAGUCAGAUGUCUAUGCUUUUGGCAUAGUUUUGUAUGAAUUGAUUGCAGGCCAACUACCAUAUGCUCGAAUCAACAAUAGAGAUCAGAUUCUCUUCAUGGUGGGUCAUGGUUAUCUAAGGCCUGACUUAAGUAAUGCUCGAUCUGACACACCUAAAGCUCUGAUCAGACUGAUAGAAGAUUGUGUCAAGUUUAAUCGGGAAGAAAGACCUCUCUUUCGACAAAUCCUUGCUUCGUUGGAAUUACUGGCUCGUUCUCUUCCAAAGAUCCAUCGUAGUACAUCAGAACCAACACUUAAUCGAACCCAUCUCCAGUCUGAAGAUUUUACAUACAUUUGUGCCUCUCCAAAAACUCCAAGUCAGUUUGGAGCCUUCCCCUUCUUCUGAUGUUUAAACCCAAACUAUACAGUGAAGAUCUCAGAGGUGUUAUUAGAAGUUAAAUAAAAUGUGAAACAUUCUACUUACCACUGUAGUGGUCUUGGAAAAUUUUUUCUCAGCAGCAUAUCGUGGUGUAUUUAAUUAAUUUAAGGAUGCCAAAUGAGCUAAGUAUUGUAUUUAUACUGUUUCUUCUACUGAAGAAACUUAGGAAGACUUGUAAAAAAUUCAUUGAGUUCUGUGUUGGCUCAUAUCAUGGAAUGAAUAAAGUUAUCUGGUCAUAAGCUA